AUGAAUUGCUUAAGCUGGAACUGCCGGGGGCUUGGGAACCACCGGCGAGUUCGCGAGCUUUCAGAUUUAGUGAAGGCAAAAGGUCCCAGGGUGAUCUUCUUGAUGGAGACCAGGAAGAAAAAUUCAUAUUUGGAGAGAUUGCGAUGUCGGUUGAAGUUCGAUAAUAUGUUCAUCGUCCCAAGGAGGAAUCUAGGGAGUGGGCUGGCUUUGCUUUGGAAUAAUGAUCUUAACUUGCAUAUUAGGACGUUCUCGCCGCGACAUAUCGAUGCUGUAGUAAAUCCAAGAAUUGAUGACGCCUGGCGCUUUACGGGGUUUUACGGAGCUCCUGAAGCGGCCAACCGGGAAGAUUCUUGGUCAGUGUUGCGUCACCUCGGCUCCCAGUUUGUCUUGCCGUGGGUGUGUAUCGGGGAUUUUAACGAAAUCACAAGAGUGGACGAGAAAUCGGGAGGGGCUAUACGUCCAGAGAAACAAAUGCAAGACUUCAGAGAUUGUUUGGAUGUUUGUGGUCUUAAGGACCUGGGUUUUUCGGGCCUGCCUUUUACUUGGUGUAAUAGAAGAUACAAUGAAGCUUUAGUUUGGGUUCGCCUAGAUAGAGCGGUGGCUACGGUUGAUUGGAUUCUCAAAUUCCCCACGGCUCGCCUCCAUCAUUUACCAGGUUCGUCCUCGGAUCACAAACCUUUAUGGCUGGUUUCUGAUGAUCUCCAAACCCGGUUUUCUCGAGCCAAAAAACCGUUUAGGUUUGAGGCUAUGUGGCUCAAUGACGAGCGUUGCGAGGGUGUGGUUCACUCGGUUUGGGAUAGGAAUACAGGCGGUGACCCAGUGAGCAAGGUAAUGAGUAAGGUGGAGGAAUGUCAAAUCCAACUUAAACUUUGGGACAAAAACGUUUUUGGGAAUGUUCUUAAGGCUUUGGCUAGAAACAGAAAGCUCCUGGUUAUAGCAGAAGGUGAUUCCAUGGCGGGCAAGAACCAUGCUCUGGUAAAACUCCUCUCUGAGGAAAUAUCUAGGCUAAUGGAAUGUGAAGAAAGAAUGUGGAGCCAGAGGUCCAAAACAGAGUGGCUAAGAUACGGAGACCAAAAUACAAAGUACUUCCACUGUCGAGCUACUGAGAGAAAUAAAAAGAAUUUUAUCUCGGGGCUGGAAAAUGCUCAUGGGGAGUGGAUUGAGGGGGAGGAGUAG